GGGGGUGCUGAGGGGGACCCCGAAACAGAGCCAGGGGGUGCUGAGGGGGAGAACGUUCUGGAGAAAUUAGAACGCUUACUGCUGCUCUACGGGGUCCACAUCGACUCUUCAGAGAACUGAUCUCACUGCCUUCAUCGGGCCAGCUCUCAGUCAGAAAGACAAUGUCAUUUGUACUUCAUUUUAUUCUGUAGUUUAUAAGGUUGUGUUUAUUUUGGGUUAUUUUAUGUAAAAUGUCAAGUUUAAAGUACAUUGUGUACUUUUGUGUAUUGAAGUUCUCUGACCUCUAUUACUCACCUGGCAUUGUGAUGUCAGAGUGAGGUCACAGUGUGUUUGGAAUGUGCGCUCCUAUGACCCGGACGUUCCGGGCUCCCUCCCUAUGAAAGGCCUUGGGCGGGAAGGCGGGUCAUUGUCUCAGAAGCUGCAGGUCAUGUGGCUGUCUGUGCCACUGCAGCUGCUGCUACUGCUGCAGGUCCUCCUGGGGCUUCCCAUGCUCCUCUCUGCCUACGAGGCCCCGGAGGACAAGGAGGACGUGUUUGCGAAGAGGGCGUGCCCGGCGUUCCUGGUGUUUGAGAGCGUGGCGUUCCUGGAGGACAUGACGGUGGAGCUGCCCUGCCGCUGCAAGCCGGAGCAGGCGCGCUCGGUGGUGUGGUACUAUCAGAGGCGCCUGCGCGCGGGCGCGCGCGCGCUGACGGACUUCGAGGGCACGGUUCUGGUGGACUGGACCCGGGCGGGGCGGGACUCGGACCUGCGCGGCCGCUUCUCCAUCCGGCUGUUCAGCCUGCUGGUGUUCCGCGCGCGGGCGGAGGAUUCGGGGCACUACGUGUGCGGGACGGCCUCGGGACAGUUCUUCUACGGCUACCACAUGGACGUGCAGCGCACGGGCCGCGUGUCCUUCCCCCCCCGGGCCCCCCGGGCCCCCCCGCGGGCGCGCAGCGGGGGCCGGGGCCUGUUUGGGGCGUUCACCAGCUUCUGGCCGUGGUCGGUGUGUGAUCGGUGCGGGGUGCGGGGGGAGCAGACGCGGGUGGGGCUGUGCUACCUGAGGAGCGACUACCUGAGUGUGCGCUACAUACCCACCUCCUCCUCCCCCACCUCCUCCUCCUCCUCCUCCCCCUCCUCCCCCUCCUCCUCGCUCCCCUGUGGGUCCGCGGCAGUGCCCCCCCGCUUCCGGCUGGACUCGGCGGCGAAGAAGGGGGCGGAGCUUGCGGUGCGGAGCUGCCACGCCCCCUGCCCCCCGGUUCCCGUGGCGACGGCCGAGCGGCGGCCCCUCCUGGACUUCCUGGGCGUGUCCGCCGAGCCGCCGGCGUCCGAGCCCCCCGGGCUCUACCACUCCCACCCGGCCGGGGCCCCCCUCACGCUGGCCUGCCCCGGGGCCCAACCGCACCUGGCCGUGGCCUGGGACCGGGCGGGGCGGCCGCUGUACCGCGCGCGCCACCUGGAGGGCCGCAACCGCACCUCCACGCUCCACAUCGACCGCGGGGGCCACCUGCACCUGCGGCCCGUCGCCCUGGGAGACCAGGGCACCUACACCUGCUGGCUGCAGGGCCGGCGGGCGGCCCACAUCCACCUGGGGGUCUACCUGCGCCUGGGACGCUCCCGCCUGCCCUCGGACCCCGAGUCCCAGCACGCCCUGCGCGCCCUGGGCCUGUGCUACGCCCUCUACUGCCUGCUCUUCAUCCUCCUCACUCUCCUCCGCCUCUUCUGGAGCGCCCUGGAGAGGAAGCGGCUGUAGG